AUGGCGAUAGUCCGAUCUUUCCUUCAAGUCGCUGUUACUCGCGAUUGGGAAGUGUAUCAGAUGAAUGUCCAUAACGUAUUUUUACACGGUGAUUUGGAGGAAGAGGUGUUCAUUCGUCCUACUCCGGGUUUUCGCACUGCUGAUAAGAACCAAGUGUGUCGUCUUCAUAAAUCGCUCUAUGGUCUUCGCCAAGCCCCACGUUGUUGGUUUGCAAAGCUUUCCACGACAUUACUAGACUAUGGUUUUCAGCAAUGUGUGAAGGAUUACUCGUUGUUUGCCUUUGCUGAUGCAGAUAUACGGCUCCAUGUUCUUGUGUAUGUGGAUGAUCUCAUCAUCACUGGGAGUUCUCGUGCGGAUCUUGGUAUUUCCAAGUAUUUUUUGGGCAUUGAAGUGGCCCGCAACUCAACAGGGAUGUAUUUGUGUCAGCGUAAGUACACUCUCGAUAUAAUCUCUGAUACUGGUUUACUUGGUUCUAAGCCGGCUUCUCAUCCUCUCAAACAAGAUCAUACUCUCGCUUUGGCUCCAGGUGAUUCUUUGUCGGAUCCGUAUCCUUACCGUCAGUUAGUUGGUCGGUUGAUUUAUCUCAGUGUGACACGGCCUGAUCUCUCCUACGUGAUCCAUAUUUUGUCUCAGUUUAUGCAUGCUCCCAAGGCGGCUCAUUGGGCGGCUGCGCUACGGGUGGUUCGGUAUCUCAAGUCGAAUCCAGGACAGGGUAUUCUGUUGCAGGCUGGGACUGACUUGCGAAUCUCUGCUUGGUGUGAUUCUGAUCAUGGUGGUUGUCCGCUUUCACGUCGGUCGCUUACUGCUUGGGUUAUUCAGAUAGGGGGUUCUCCGGUUUCGUGGAAGACACAGAAACAGGAUGUGGUCUCGCGAUCUUCGGCUGAGGCUGAAUAUAGAGCCAUGGCUGAAACGGUGUGUGAAAUUCUUUGGCUGCGGGAGUUGCUUACAUUUCUCGGUGUUGACUGUACCUCUCCUGUUCCGCUUCAUUGUGACAAUGAAUCUGCUAUUCAUAUAAGCAAGAAUCUGGUGUUCCACGAACGUACCAAGCAUAUUGAGUCCGAUUGUCACUUCAUCCGUGACGAGAUUCUUCAUGGUGUGAUUGAUCCUCAACAUGUUUCCACACGGGUUCAGCUUGCUGAUAUACUUACCAAAGCUCUCGGUCGCAAAGAGUUUGAUGAGUUCUUGUCUAAGUUGGGCUAUACCGUACAAUGA